GACUCUUCUUAACUAAGACUGGGAGCUUUAUCAAAGAAGUUCAGUGAAAGUUUGGUCAAAGCUGCUGUGCUGUCUUCGCUGCUUGACUGACCGGUGGAAUAUAACUGCAGAAGAUGGGGACAGCAUUGAUUUACGAUGAGGAGAUGACGAACUACAAACUUCUCUGGAUUGAUCCUGCAUGUAAGAUCGAGGUUCCCGAGCGUCUCAUAGUGAGUCACGAAGCUCUGGUCAGGAACGGUCUGGUUGAUCGCUGUGUGUCCAUACCUGUCCGGGAGGCCACGGAUGCAGACAUCCUGCUGGUUCACAGUGAGGAAUACCUGGAGGCAGUGAAGACAACCCCUUACAUGACUCUAGAGGACCUGAAGGAAUUCACCCUGCAAUAUGGUGACACCUAUUUCCACCCAAACAUCUAUCAUUGUGCCAAGCUGGCUGCAGGAGCCGCACUGCAACUGGUGGACAGUGUUAUGACGGGGAAGGUGAGGAAUGGCAUGGCUCUUGUCAGGCCACCUGGACAUCACAGUAUGCGCAGUGCUGCCAAUGGUUUCUGCGUGUUCAACAAUGUGGCCAUAGCAGCUAAAUAUGCCCAGGAAAAAUAUGGGGUUCAAAGGGUGUUGAUAGUUGACUGGGAUGUACAUCAUGGUCAAGGGGUGCAGUACUGCUUUGAAGACGAUCCAAGCGUGAUGUACUUCUCCUGGCAUCGAUAUGAGCAUCAGAAAUUCUGGCCUAAUCUUAAAGAAUCAGACUAUGACAGUGUUGGCAAAGACAAAGGGGCUGGAUUCAAUAUAAAUGUACCAUGGAACAAGGUCGGAAUGCAGAACAGCGACUAUCUUGCAGUCUUCUCACAUGUCCUCCUGCCAGUGGCAUAUGAGUUUAGUCCAGACUUGGUGUUGGUGUGUGCAGGCUUUGACUCAGCCAUCGGCGACCCAGAGGGUGAAAUGUUUGCAACCCCGGACAUCUUCGCCCACCUCACUCACCUCCUGAUGAACCUCGCAGGGGGCAAACUGUGUGCUGUGCUGGAGGGAGGGUACAACUUGACUUCCCUCGCCCAGUCUGUGUGUCAGACAGUUCACACUUUGCUCGGAGAUCCUGCACCUCGGCCUGCAAUCAUGGACAGUCCCUGUAAAAGUGCACUUGAGUCCCUUCACUGUGUGCGAUCAGCUCAUAAGAAGUACUGGUCCUGCCUCAAAUAUGCAGCUGAUGCACCAGACUUUGAUCUCAGCACUAAGCGCAUUAAACUGGCAGAAGAAGAAGAAAAGCUGGAGCAGGGAGAUGAGGCAAUCACCACAAAAGAAGAAGUGUGGCCGGAGCCUCCGAAACGUGUCGCCCCUCCUGUUCGUACAGGCGUAGUGCUUCCUGAAGGUGUGGCUUGCCCAGCCAGAUGUAAAUGUUUCAGCUUAUCAUCAGAGAACCUCAGCCCAAAUAUAGCCAACAAACUCAGGGAGAAUUUCCUCAAAGAUGCAGAUGACAGUGAUGCUCUCUUGACUUUUUCCAGUCUCAUCGGACUUGUAGAGAAAAUGAAGGAGAAUGAGAUCUGCAGUGGCUUGGCUCUGGUCCGUGAUGUCUCCAUGGCGACAAUGUGUGUUGUCCAGCAUGCUGCAACUGAUCUCAGCAACCGUGUUUUGGUCGUGUGUGUUGGAAAUGAGAUGAGCCCAAGUCAUAUCACAGAGGAUGGAAAAACACUGGUGGUGCAUAUCAGCGGGAAGCAGCCAGAGGAACAAAAAUGCAAAUAUUACAUUCCUGUGUGUCUGAAGAAGGGCUGCAGUGAGGUAUCGGGGUUAAUACAGGCCAUGCUCAGCCUCCUUCUUCCUCUGGGGUAUGAGUACGACCCCAGUCUGGUUCUGCUGGUUCGGAUGCCAGACAGUGAGAUAUGUGACAGUGUAUGGCAACAACUAACAAGCCUGCUGCAGGGCCUCGCACAAGGACACACACUGGUUCUCAUGCAGGAAAGUGAGAAGGCUUAUAUCGACCCAACAGUCUCUUCCCUCCUUGGGAAUGCUGCUCCCUCUCUGGGGCCGCUUCCUGCUCCUCUACCAGAGGAUGUUGAAAUGCUGGAGAGCCUCAGAUGCAGGCUACAGACUGACUGGAAACUGCUGCAGACCACAGCACCAGAAAGCGGAGGAGGAGAUGACCACUGAAGCCACUCUGUCUCCUCUUUGUGAAAAUCAGAUGAAGAACAUCAACAUCAAAUGUGUUAAUAACAUAAUAACAUUUUAUACGAUUUUUUAUGUCCAAACUAAGUUUAACAUAAUCUGUCAUAAAAUAACCAGUAUGUUUGCAACAGGUGUGAACAGAAUACAUGGAAAUAUGUUUUACACAAGGACAUUAUUAUAUAUAGUAUGAUGAGGGAUGAUUGAUUGUGAAAGUGAUUGACUGGGCUUUUAAAUAAUAAGGCUAGGCUAAUAAUGAUGUGUAUCUAUAGUGGCCAUAAUCAAAGGCCCUGAAGAUUUUUUUUGUUUUCUCAGCUUCUUACUGUGAGUGAGUGGGUCCUACAUGAACACAUUUUCUGCCAAAGUUAUUUCAAUAAAUGAACUUUUUUCAAACUUUCACUUUGUUGCAUAUUUUGUUGAAUAUUUAA